UACUGCACCAUUCAUAGAGCGUGUGUAAAGGAAAGUGCCGGUGUGAAGGGUCAAUGAACAAGUAGUGGUUUGGUUUGUGCAUGUUUUGGGAUACCAUUUGCUGAGUGAUUUAUAUUAAAUUUCAAAGUCUGUAGAGGUGUUAAGGACACCUUGUAUGAAUUUCCAUGUCACUGAAAAUUCUUCAGACACUGCUACUUUCCAACUUCUUAAGAAGACACAGUUCAUCACUGACUAAUGGAGAAGUCCGAUUAAGUCAGAUUCUAAAAGAAAAUUUUCCUCGGGCUGAAUCAGUCAAAGUAUUGGAUAUUUCAGGAGGAUGUGGCGCUAUGUAUGAAAUCCAUGUAAUAUCUGAAGAAUUUAAAGGAAAAAGAAUUGUUCAGCAGCACCAAAUGAUAAAUCAGGCACUAAAGGAUGAAAUAAAAUCAAUGCACGGACUGAGAAUAUUUACAUCUGUUCCAAAGUUAGACUGACAAUGGACGGACUUGGCCUGAUUAGUUCAUUUAUGUCAAGUAAAAUAAGGAAAAAAUUCUUUAAGGAAAGUGUCGGUGGCACCAUGUGAUAAAUGAUUCCUUGGUGUUCGAUAAAUCACUGAUAGCAAGAUAGAAGGUGGCUUAAUACUAAAGAAUAUGAACAGUUUCACUUACAGUAAAUAUCCACCAUUUUUUUGUUUUUUACUGAGGUGGCACCAUGUGAUAAAUGAUUCCUUGGUGUUCGAUAAAUCACUGAUAGCAAGAUAGAAGGUGGCUUAAUACUAAAGAAUAUGAACAGUUUCACUUACAGUAAAAAUCCACCAUUUUUUUGUUUUUUACUGAGGUGGUAUAUGCUUACAAGUUAUAAGUACUGAAUAUCUCUUUGAAUAAUACUUGAUGUAUAAAUGUUUCCCUUUGUCCAAAGAACCUUUUUUGCAUCUACUAUGCUGGAACAACUCUGCUUGCAUUUCACCCUAAAUAUGCACAAAAGCUAUGCAAAGGCUUGCAGAAACUCGUGCUGCCAUUGCAUUAUGUGCUGGGAAUCCAUUGUUGGUUAUGCUGUCAUCUUUAUGAGCUGCUGGUUCUUUAGGAAUCUGCAUGUCAUCCGUCUUUACAUUUAUGCUACAUAGUAUGAUUGUAAAUAGUGGUUUCUGAUCUACAAAAUAAAACAAGUCUGUAAGUUCAAAGUACCACAUACCUGUUAGCCAUAAAAGUGUGCAUGUUUAUUUACCUAAUUACAUAAAUAAGCUGCCUUAAUCAUUUAUGUCAUCAGUUAAAGAAUGCUUAAAUUGGCAUACCUGCCUUUUAAAGACAAGAAAAUGUUGCCAUAAUGAGCCAUACCAGGCCUUGCUUUCAGCAGUGGCCUAUUUUGGAUGCAGCUUGGCCAUCACUGGAAAAUGAUGCCAGACUUAAUAGCUAUGAAAUUCCCUGCUAAGUAUUGAAAAGUGCCAUUGCAGGGAUAUGAGGCUGUAUCACCAGUUUUAUACCUUUCAUCGUCCGUGACACAUUCCAUUUUAACUUUGUAUGUGCCACUAGAGCAUUAGCUUUUAUUGAAAUUCCUAUUUUCAUUAAGAAAGUGGUUGUGCCACAUGACUUUAUGGAUUACAAAUUUGUAAGCCAGAUAAAGGCAAGAAUAUGAGGAAAAAACAAGUGUGACAUACCACUGCACCUUUCUCUAUUCUUCCGGUACUGCUAUAGACUGAAAUUUUUUGUGACAGUACUUUGAAAUAUAACACAAUAAAGUGCACAUUAAACUCG